CAACCACCACAGCGCGCGCAUAAUUAUUCCCUGUGACGGCGAGGUAAGGUAAACAAUGUCGCAAAAACACCACACUUUGUUUUACACUUCCUCGGGCAUAUCAACACACCAACAGACAAGAAUUGUUUCGCUCGACCUGAAAAAAUAACAACCCCUCCUCCCUAUCACAUCCACGAGGCGGGACAGUGAAGCAGCAGCCCAGCAUGCUGCGCCAACCGCUUACCGUCCUCUCCAUCACGGCCGAGGACAUCGCCGACUACGAAGACCGCGCCGCCGAGAGGGACCGAAUGCGCAAUCUCGCCACGCUGCAGUCUGCCCAAGCGCGCGCGCGUCGUGAGGCCAUGGCCCAGUCCCGCGCCGCCGCCCUCAAUACUCCCGCCGGAAGCAGCGCAUUCGGCAGCAUCCAGCGCCGCCGCGUCCUCGAGCACAACCACCCCGCUGCCACCGUCUCCUCCUCGGACGACAUGGACGCGUCCGCCUACUACCUUGCUGCCCAGGCUGCUGCGGGAGCGGGAGGCGAAGGCGCCGCGAGCUCUCCGCCCGAAGCCGGGCUGUACGGGGCCUCGGACUCUGACGAAGAGGAGGAAGAAAAAGAAGAGGAGGAAGAAGAAGAAGAGGAGGAGGAGGAAGACCAGUCUGAAGAGGACGACGGCGACGGCAUGGACGUCGACGAGGGGAUUCCGCCAGCGCAUUCCACAGCAGCAGCAGCCGCAUCUUCAGGGCCGUCGCGGUCCAACCACCACCGGACGACUCCUGCCGCGCCCACACGCACCACAGCAGCACCAGCGCCUGCCACCGCGCGCAACCGCAUCGUGACGCCCAUGGGGCAGAUCCAGACGGCGCAGCAGCAGCAGCAGCAGCAUACGACGCCCCUGGCGCGCGACGCGGCGCGGCACGCACAGAACAUCCCGCUGACGGCCGCGCAGCAGCGGCGCGUCGACGAGCAAGACGCCCGCGAGCAGCUGCAGCAGCAGGGCCAGCAGCGGUUCCGCCGAGCAGCACCAGGUGCAGGCGCGGGAGGAGGAGGAGGAGCGGCGGCCGGCUUGGGCACAGCGUCUUCGGCGCGCGUGCUCAACAACGCGUCCGCCGCCGCGCGCAACCUGCCCGCCGUGACGCCCGAGGCCCGCACCACCCAGCAGCGCUCUCGCGACGAGCGCAUCGGCCUCGCGGCGCCGCGGCGCCGUCCACCGCAGGCCUAGGCUGGGCAGGUCAUGGCAUGUGUCCAUAUAUAUGUCUUUCUCUCUUUGCAGGAGAGUGAGUAAGUGUAUACCUUGGCUACGCGUCGGUAACGACACAUCUCUGCGAUUGCAUUGCUUUUGCAGGCUACCACUGCCAUAGGGACCUGGACCGUUAUCUGUUUGCACAUAAUGGGGACUACCGAAGCACAUACAUCUAGCCUAGUCUAUCUUCCUUUCCGUUUAGCUGUCGGUUCUGGGUUGAAUAUGGAGCGUGAACGGCCAGCUGAGGGGCGGCUCUACGUAUACCUCCUUGAUCUCGGGGCUGGUGUGGUCUUGAUAUCUCAUAGACAGAUGAAUGAAUGAUUGACUACAGGAUCACGGGGAGGAUACACAGAGAGACAUGAGUCUUGUUGAUUCCUAUUACGGCCCCCCCCCC